UGCCUUGCCUUCGACGCUCACCUGCGUCCAGCUAUAUUCACCAUUGGGCUUCUCUGUAUCACUCUAUUUCUGCUCAUUGCACAAAACACGCGACUUUGUUGAACGCCACUGACCGGAAAUUUACAAAAUGGCAUCGGCGUCAGCUAUUGGAAAGCUGUCUCGCGAGGAGUACAGGCGCCAGAAGGACCUCGAUGCAGCCCGUAAGGCAGGAACAGCGCCAGCCGCGCUCGACGAGGAGGGCAAGCCCAUCAACCCCCACAUUCCCCAAUACCUCGCACAGGCCCCAUGGUACCUCGACAACGGAGCACCGUCCCUCAGCCAUCAGCGCCUGCAUAGCCCUCCACCCAAGCCCUCCAUCAACGACUGGUACGACCGUGGCGCGCGCGCCGGCCCCGCUGCGAAGAAAUAUCGCAAGGGCGCAUGCGAGAACUGCGGCGCUAUGACCCACCAGAAGCGCGACUGCCUCGAGCGCCCGCGCAAGAAGGGCGCCAAGUUCACCAGCAAGGACAUCCAGGCGGACGAGGUCAUCCAGGACGUCCCCGCGGGCUACGACGCGAAGCGCGAUCGCUGGAACGGGUACGACCCCGCGGAGCACAAGAAGAUCUACGACGAGUACGCGGCGAUCGAGGCGGAGCGGCAGCGUUUGCGCGAGGAAGAGAUCGACAAGCAGACGACGACGGACUUGGCGGCGGUGCGGAAGGUCGCGAAGGCGGGGAAGAAGUCCGACCCGGACUUCGGGUCGAGUGACGAGGAGGAUCUGGAUGAGGACAAGUAUGCGGAUGCGGCGGACGCGGUGGGGCAGAAGAUGGACACGAAGACGCGGAUAACGGUCCGCAACCUGCGUAUCCGUGAAGACACUGCAAAGUACCUCAUCAACUUGGACCCCUCAAGUGCAUACUACGACCCGAAGACGCGAUCUAUGCGAGAGGCGCCACGAAAAGACAUCGCUCCGGAAGACGCUACCUUCGCCGGCGAGAACUUCCUACGAUGGUCCGGUGAUGCCCCAGCAGUUCAGCAACUGCAACUCUUCGCGGCCCAAGCCGCCUCCCGCGGGAACGACCUCCACUUCAACGCAAACCCCACCCAGGGCGAGCUCCUGCACCAGGAAUUCAAGCAGAAGAAAGAAGAGCUGCGCGACACCACCAAAGUCAGCAUCCUCUCGAAGUACGGCGGCGAGGAGUACCUCAAGUCCGCACCGAAAGAGCUCUUGCAAGGCCAAACGGAGAACUACGUCGAGUACUCGCGGUCAGGGCAGGUCAUCAAGGGCCGCGAGCGCGCGAAGGCGCGGUCGAAGUAUCCGGAAGAUGUUCUCAUCAACAACCACACCGCCGUCUGGGGCUCCUGGUACGACAAGGAGACCGGCGCCUGGGGCUACGCCUGCUGCCACAACACCGUCCACCUCUCCUACUGCGCGGGCAAAGCUGGCAUCGAGGCCACCGAAGCGUCGACCGCGAAGGCCCUCCUCGCGCAACCCGCGUACGAGCCCCCGCCACCGCCGCGGGAGGACGAGGCGGCGUCGAAGAAGAGCGAGAAGGAGCGGUACGAGGAGCGGAAGCGGAAGAUGCGCGGCGAGCUGGAGGAGGACGAACAGUGGGGUGGGGCGAAGAAGCCGAAGGGGACGGCGCUGGAUGGUGGGAAGGUGGAUGUGACGGAGGAGGAAUUGGAGAGCUAUCGGAAGAAGCGGCGGAUGGCAGAAGAUCCGAUGGCCAACUAUGUCGAUACGGGGGACGAUUUCUGAGUCGCUUGACUGUGACAUUCUUCCUGGAGGCUGUACUUUGCGGCUUGUUGUGUAUAUUGGGCGUGUAUGAUCACCGUCCUUUGGACUCAUCCGCACAUUCAUCCUAUUCCCUUCCGCGAAACCGCAGAAAAGCAGCUAGACCCAACAUCUGCACGAUUCCGU